CUGUGUAAUUCAUAUCUCAGUAUAUCGACAGCUAUUUAUUGUGGUAGGGGGUUUAAAGAAUAAUAGAACAGGGAAUACGCAAGGAAUGACAAAACAAUAUACCAUGUGAUACAUUUGUUGUUUUGAUGUACUCAUCCAUGACCAUAUUAAUAUUUAAAUACUUAACCGCACUACGAACGGGUGGAAAAGUCGAACUUUUAAAUUACGCAAGCCUAGGAUUUGUUUUAAAUAGAUCACAACUGUUUACUUUUUAACGCUUUAGUCAAGUAUGCGAGAUGUCUCGAGUCCUGAUCGUCAUGUUCGGGAUUGAUUUAGUUCAAGGACUGUUUCCAUUUACGGACUACAAUGUCCGUCUCCAGUUUAAUGAUGUCAAAGUUAAUGUUACACACUUAAGAGACAGAGAAAUACGAUCUGCUGAUUCAUCUGAACAAAGUGUCAUAUCCUUUUACAUCAAAGAUGAAUUAAUAGAAUUCAAACUAACAAGUAACAGGGGAUUACACAAAAACGUGCCAGUAUAUACAACUGAUAAUAAGGGCAGCGUAAAAAUACAGCAUUUAUCACAGCCGGAAAGUAUACAACAGGUCAAAUUUUAUCAAGAUGCUACAAAACAUAGAGCAGCUUUUAUUAUGAUACAAAAUUCUUCCUCGCAAUGCAUGACAGGAGUGUUUUUACACAGAAAAAAUGAGUAUCUAAUUGAGCCAGAACCAAAAGCCUGUUUGUCUGACUCUGGCGGAGAUAUAAAAUACAAGGUUGUACAGUUAGACCAGACACGCCAUACCUUUUCAGAUCCAAUUCUGCCAAGUAUGAACCCAGAAAAUUGGCAGCAUAACACGAGAAAAAGACAUAGGCAUAGGAGACAAAUAAACGACUAUAAAAUAGAGAUGUUUUUUAUCAUUGAUUAUGCCAUUUAUGAAUACUGGUAUACACAGAGUAAAGCAACUGGAACGAGAGAGAGGGAUGAAGAUGCUAAAAAUAACAUAAGACAAUUCUACUCUUUCGUCAUAAAUGGGAUGGACGUUCGUUUUAAAAACAUCCAAACUUCUGCGUUCAAAAUUUCUAUUGUAUUUUCUGGUAUUUAUAUCGCUGACGCACCUUCUAAAUCAGAGUUUACAGAAAAGUUUAAAGUUUCUACAACUUCCGGGAACCAAGUAGACUCCAAUAACGUUCUCAACGCUGUGACGUCAUGGGUUAAAGUAACCCCCGGUCUGCCAAAAUACGACCAUGCUAUGAUGUUUACACGAUACGAUUUUACCAGUAGUGGAUCUGCGGAUACUACAGGACUUGCCUGGCUAGGAACUCUAUGUACAGAUCAAGCUGUCUCAGUGGUAGAGGACCACUUUAAUUUCAACGCCAUCACAGUGGCAGCACACGAGCUAGGACACGGAUUAAGUGCAAAGCACGACGGAGAUGGAAACACCUGCAAUGGUGCUGAUGCUUACGUCAUGGCCCCCAGUACCACUCCUGUGGAUAACCAAAAUCCAUGGAAAUUUUCCACGUGUUCCACAAAUUAUUUCAUCAAGUUCAUCAAUAAGCUUAACCGGAACAAUAAUAACUGUAUGAGUGUCUUAAGUCCAAACUUCAAUCCUGACGCAUUAAAGCAAUAUACAGCGCUCCCUGGUGAGAUAUAUGAUGCAGAUGAACAGUGCAGACGUAUUGUGGGUCCAAACUCUGGAUUAUGUAAGAGUAUAUACAGGCAAAACUUUGCGUCUUUGUGCACAAAAUUAUGGUGCACGAGGGGUAAUGGAAGUAAUGGUUGCGUUUCGGCAGUAGGGGGAGAUGGUAUUCAAUGUGGGAACAAAAAGUGGUGUAUUUCUGGUGUCUGUAAAUUUGAUGAAUGUGCGCCCCCAGGUGACGAAUCUUGUUUGUAUGGAGAUAGAGAGGGUGUUGCAAUCACGUUUAAUGGAGUGGAGACCACGUGUUCCUUUGAAGAUAUAAAGAGAAAUCCAAGCGUUUGCUACUCAGUAAAAGACACUUGUUGUCGACAGUGCAGAAAUUUCUAUACUGGAAUAAUAGGCUGUGAAUAUGGAGACAGAGCAAAAGGCUGUAGUAAGUCCAUUUGUCCAUGGAACCCUAGUCGUUGUUGUGGAACAUGUUUCAAUGGAACAUUGAGUACACCGUCCUAUGAGCCAUCAACAACACAAAAGAUCCUUAAUGUUUGUAAGAUGAGAGUCACAACACCAUCUUCUCCAAGCAAUACAGAAGGGAUCCAUACCUACUUUAUCUACGGUGGUGCAGCUGCUGUCAGUCUGAGUCUACUAAUUGUUAUCUGCAUCUGCAGUAUUUAUCAUAAACGAAAGCAGGAACCUAGAAAGGUUCCGAAGUCCAAACUCCAUGGUUUUUCAAAUCCUGCUAUAGGAUAUAUAUGAAGACUGUAAUAUUAGGGAUCAAUACGAAAUGCAAGAUAUGUAUACCUCAGUUUUUGAUUUCAAGGCAUUAAAAAUCAUUUUAAAUAUGGAAUAUAUUUCAAAAGACCUCCGAUAUUAUAUCGUAAUGUUAUGAUUCACGUACAAAACACAAAACAUUUCUUUUUGUAUAACAAAUCCAGAGUCAACUGUUAUAGAUAAAUAUUUACAUUUGCAAAAAAUUUUCUUAGAUGAACCCAUUGAAGAACUUAUUAGGGGAUCAGAGGUCAUAACAACAUCGAAUAUCACGGCGAGAUGAUAUCUUGCCUACAUAUUUCUGUCACAGUAAAACUGCUUUCUGAACUUCUAAAUUGAUUAUGAUGAAAAGGAUAAAAGAAUUGAAAUAUAUGUUUUUCAUUCAACAAAUAUUUAUUUGAUCUUCCUUCGAUGUGAAAAAUGUUUUGAAUAAUAUGAUUAACCUAAAAUCGUGCUUACCUUUUUUUUUUUUACCAGAAAUACCUUGGAAGGUAUGUUAACUGAUACAGACAAUACUACCACUUUUGAAUUAACGAUUAUUGCUCUUUCAUAAUAAAAAAGAGAUUUCCUGGUUUGGGCAGCUAUAUAAAUAUUGAAAUUUUGGAGUGAGACAAAGUUUCAAUACAAAACAACUUACUUCUAGGUCAUUGGGCGUCACAACAUAGCAACGUGAAACGGCGAACCCUUCGUGUAAAAUAUUCGUCUCAAAUGAAAUAUAGGUAUAAUAUUCAACCAUUAUAAAAAGUUCACUUUGGAGUGAACUUGGUUGGUACGUGAUCAAAUCUUCUGUGAAACCCUUUGACAUUCACAGGAUUUGAUCAACCAAGUUUUCUUCCCAGAGAAAUUUUUAACAUUAUUGUUUAUUUCUUAAAUUAUUUGUAAAUAAAUACAUAAAACAAUGUUA